AUGGCGCCAUAUGAAGUUAUUAUGGUAAGCCAUGUAGACCUCCUGUCUGUUGAGCAGAGGUUGGAGAUGAGGAAUUGGUGGAGUCCUGAGUUUGUUCAGGAGACUACUGAGAAGAUUUCAAUUAUCAGGGACAGGAUUCGGACAGCGCAGAGUAGACAGAAGAGUUAUGCGGAUCUGAAAAGGAGACAGGUCGAGUUUAAAGAGGGUGAUCAUGUAUUCUUGAAGGUCUCACCCAUGAAGGGUGUGGUGAGAUUUGGCAAGAAAGGGAAUUUAUCACCAAGGUUUGUCGGACCUUUUGAAAUUCUGGAGAGGGAUGAGUCACAUGUGAUCGAUUUUGGUACGAUUGAAGUGAAUGCGGAUACGACCUUUAUUGUUGAACCUGUUCGUAUUUUGGAUAGGUCAACAAUAAAACUUCGAAGGAAGGAAGUUGACUUGGUCAAGGUAUUGUGA